ACCAGCUCCUCACAAACUCUCAGAUUAAAGAACACUCCUGACCAUCAACAUGGCUGCUCGUUUCAUCCUGUUUGUGCUGCUCUUGGGGAUUGCCAGCAUCAGUCUAAGUCAAGCUCUGCGUGGUCCAGGUCCAAAGAGAUGCUGUUUUGAAUUCACUAAAUUUGUUUCUGAGAGAAAAGUGAUGGGAUACAGGCGGACUCCUCAGCAGUGCUCAAAUGCCGGUGUGCUAUUGAAGAUGAGGAAUGGCCUUCUGUGUGCAAAGCCCUCUGAGCCCUGGGUGAAAGAGCUUAUGCGCCGCAUCGACUCCAGAACCGGCAUCUAAAGGACAUAUUCUAUGGACUGCAUGAUCCAUUGCUACUGCUGUAUUCUACGAGAUUUGUCCCAAAAUCUGAGUCCCAGAUGAAACUAAUUUCUAAUUGUGUAACUUUGGCCUGCUAUUAUAACAUUUGUGCAGUCUCUCACAGUAUUUUUAGAAGUAUUUUGUGUGUAUUUUAGCUCAUUUUAGUCCAAGUCUUUUAUUUUGGCAGCAAUUUAUUGCUAUGGGAUAUGGUUUGUAAGUGUCAAUGGAGCCCUAGCAAUUCUAAUUCCAUUUUGUUUGGGAUAUGUCUACAAGCAUAUGGUUGUACAUGUGCAACAAUUUGAAUAGGUUAUGAUCUUUUUCCUUUUUAUUUUAUGGGGAUGACCGAACACUGUGAGCUGCUUUUUAAAUUGUGUAUGUGUAAUGUCUCCCUUUUCCACGUGGUGUCACCAAAACAAAGCAUAAA